AAGCGGCUACAGACUGCCCAAGUUAGCCCAGCACCGUGUGAGGGGGACAGUAAUCUAGAAGCUGCUGAUAGCAGCAGUUCCACCUCUCUGAGAGCUCAGACCAAUCAAGGAUGGAUGGUAAAGUCUUCUGUGAAAAAAUUCUUCGAUAUAAAGCUCAGAGAUGGCAAGAGAACUGCUAACUGUAGACAUUGCGGAAAAUGUUACAAAGAAGGAGAGUCCACCGGAAACAUGGAUAAACACAUUCGAGCCUUGCAUCCUGCAGCUUUUAGAGCUCAAAAUGGAAAGAUCAAUAAAAAAUAGAGCACUAGAUGCUUUCAUUAAAAAGAGAAAAUCUCUCACAGUAUCUCAGUCCAUAUCCAGUGAGUUCAGAAAGAACUCACCCAUGUUCAGAACGGCUACUCGUCACGGAAGGAUUUUUGCCGCUUAACUUUGUUAGGCUUUCAAUGUGGAGUACUUUCGGAGACCAAGACCAGUUCAACCCCAUUUGAUCUAAAGCGACGUUUGCGAAAAAGCUACGAAUUUACUCUGGUAUGUUGGACGAAACGCUGUCUCUCAAUCUCAAAGACACACAUCUUGUUAACAUUCAGCUAGACAUCUGGACCGCAAGAAGUGGUGAAUCGCCUGGGGCUUCUGGUCUCGUUUGCACCUAAUGUAUGGAAUAGAAGGUUGAUGGACGAAAUGGAAGAUUACAAAAUUUUACUCAACGAUGAUGAAGUGGCUCAAAACACCCAUCUGCUUGACUUUGUUACUUUGGAAGAAAAGAAGCACACUGGAAAAAACAUGCUUGCAAUCUUAUCGGACCUUUUGGAGAAGCAUAACCUUACAGAUAAAGAAGCGACGAUAACAAUGGAUAACGCCAGUAACAAUGUAUCAAUGUACCAAUCUUUCAUUUUCUCGCUCUUCAACCAUAAAGAGCCUCUGGCUGGCCGUCUCCUUGGUAAGACCCGCUAUAUUCGGUGCGCAAGUCAUGUCUUGAAUUUACACUUUAAGACGGUUGUUGCAGAGUUGUUCAAAAAUACUGAUUUUGCAGAAGCAUUGCGGAGAAUUAAGACUCUAGCGAGAAUUAUGAGACAAUCUACUCGAAUCUGCGCUAGUUUGAAAAAAUCCAGAAUACCAUUUAUUCCGCUUGAAGCACCCACACGGUGGAUGUACAUUUGGCGUCAAGUCAGUUCCUUUCUCGAGAAUUAUAAAAGGUAUACGUUGUGGUUCGAGGACCAUGAAGAAAACGGUGAUUCAGACGUUAUCUACAUGCUUCGAGAAUACAUUCACUUUGACGAGGGAAUUCUGAAGAUGCUGAAGUAUUUUGUUCAAAGUCUACAGGUUUUUAACGACUAUUCAAUGAAACUACAAAAAGAUUCCUACAACCAUCUUUCCAACGGAGUACCCUUCUACUAUUUGAUAGACAGUUUCUACUCUUACUGUGAAGGUGCUCUUCGCGGCCACGAUCUCCCCAAAAGCCGAUCUGGUCCCGAUUUUUCAUGCUUGAAUGGACCGCCAGACCUCCUUCCAAGCGAUAAACGACUCAUUUUGAAAGCAGUUUUAGCAUCACAAAAGAGCCAUCAAAAGUAUCUGGCUUGAGUCAGGCAGGACGCACUUUACUAUGUGGCGAUGAUACUAGAUCCAGGUGCUAAGACAGGCGCCUUGUACAGAAUGAUGUCAAAGGACGAGGCUGACGAGCGAAUGAUAGAAGGUCGUCAAUUUAUCCAAGCUUACGUCAAGGAAUACAACAGUUCUGUUGAUCUGCGAAACUCAAGACCUGUUGAGAAGCAAGUCACGCUUGAAGCACAAGAUCUCAUUUUUGACCGAGUGGACUUUCAAGCUAUACCUAGCGACUCGCAUGCUUUUCUUUACGGUGAAGCACUUAAUCUGGAUGAUGACGAGCUUAUGGAGGAGUUUUAUGAUUAUCUGCGAGAGCCGCUCUUGAAAAAUCGAUCCAAGGAACCUGCGAUUGCUUGGUGGUACCAGCACCGAAACAGGUUUUCAAAGCUCUUCCCACUUGCUAUAUCCUUAUUCUACACUAAGGUUAGCUCAUGCGAAGUGGAGAGAACGAUUUCUUUGGCCUCGAGGGUCAUGCGAAAAGACAGAACCCGUCUUAGCUCCAGAAACUUUAAGUCCAUAAUGUUGCUGCGAGACGGAUUUGAGAGGUUUGGCUUUUACAAGAUCGGCCCCACAGCACUUCGUAAUGUGUGCAACGGAAAGUAUGACAUAUACGAAAACAACGAUGAAUUGUCAGAUCCACUCGAACUUUACGCUUCCUCUGACGAUACCCUGUGCGACAGUGAUGCCGAAUUGAGUGAUGAGAAUUCAGACCACGGAGCAGCUGGCGAAGUGGAAGAAGUCGUCUGUCUAGGUGAACCAAAUAGUGUGCAUAUUGGUAACUGA